AAACCUGAGCAAAGACCAAUCAUUAAAGAAGUAUUGAAAACAUUUUUGAAGAUGGGCUUUGGAAAAAAGAAGGACGAUCAAACAGCCAAAAAACAUACGAAUAAUAAUUCUGAUCCUGAUUCACAAGUUGGCGAUUCUAUCCAAUUGGUUACCUAUGAUGAAUUAGAUGUUUCUUCAUUUUAA